CAUUAUUCCCUCGUGCCUCCCUGCCGAUCUACCAUGGCUUUAGUUUAGAUUUUAGCAUUUUGAAUUUGACUUGACUUCCGAACAAACAGCAACAAUAGCUUCUCACGGCAUUCACUGCGUCAAUAGCCUAAGUCGGUGUCCACAAGGACAAAGAAUGUUAAUUGUGGAUUUUAGCAUUCAAAACAUACCGUUAAUUCGAUACCGUAAGGAUAAGGCAGAAAUGUAAAUGUAUUUUAGCUUCCCAUUUUGUGCCUCGUUAUUCGUAUGAAGUUACCUAAAAUUAAAAUGAUAAAGGCGAAGUUUGGAAGCCUACGCUGUGUACGUCUGAUUCAUCUUGCAAUAAAGCUUGGCUAUUCAAAGUCCUCCGUAGAAAUGGCUGCUCCCAUGUCAUGGAGAAGGCUGCUCUCCUCGGUGUAUGCACCAGCGCUGGCCGGGGUCUUCACCCGAAUGUCAGACAGACUUUUCCGGACAGGAGACCGAAGGAGAGGCUCCUCUGUGCUGCUCCUGGCCCCCCUCCUGGCUGAAUCGGACCCUGUCCCCCUGUCCCAGCCUUGUCCCCCUGGCUCCGCCCAUGAGGGGGGGCUCCUGACCCGGUUCCUGUGGAUGGCCGACUCUGUCCCUGCCUUCCGGGUUCCCGGAGCCAGGGUGCGUGUCCUGCACUCCCCCGACGAGUUCUACCAGCUCCUGAAGGCACGUAUCAAGACGGCUGAGAGCAGAGUGGUGUUGGCGUCCCUGUAUCUGGGAACAGGACCCCUGGAGCAGGACUUGGUGGACUGCAUGCAGGAGGCCCUGGAGAGUUCUCACAGGGAGGGCGGAGCCUCUGACCUGAAGAUCUCAGUCCUGUUGGACUACACCAGGGGAUCUCGAGGGAAGCAGAACUCGCGCUCCAUGUUGGUGCCGUUGCUGCGGCGGUUCCCGGGGCGUGUGCGCGUGUCUCUGUACCACACGCCCGACCUGCGCGGCCUGCUCCGUCUGCUGGUGCCCGAACGCUUCAACGAGACCAUCGGCGUGCAGCACAUCAAGGUGUACCUGUUCGACAACAGCCUCAUCAUCAGUGGAGCCAAUCUGAGCGACUCGUACUUCACCAAUCGGCAGGACCGGUACGUGCUGCUGGAGGACUGCCCGGCGCUGGCCGACUUCUUCUCCCAGCUGGUGGGGGCCGUGGGGGACGUGUCUCUGCAGCUGCACCCCGAUGACAGCGUGGGCAUGAUGGAGGGCAUGGUGCACCCCUACCAAGGUAACCGUGCGGAGUUCUCUGCGUUGUCACGGCAGCGCAUAAUGGCGGUGCUGCAGGCGGCCCAGGUCCGGCAGCGACUGGAGGAGGCGGAGCCAUGCGUGGGCGUGGCCUCCGAAGACCCGCCCCCCGACACCUGGGUGUUCCCAUUGGUGCAGAUGAAGCCGCUGGGGAUCCGAUUGGACGAGCAGGUGACGGAGCGUCUGCUUCGGGAGGUGGGGAGCGAUGCCCACGUGUGCCUGGCCUCCGGAUACUUCAACCUCACGCAGGCCUACCUGCGCCUGGUCCUGGGGGCCUCUGGCCGCUACCGCAUCCUCACCGCCUCCCCCCAGGUCAACGGCUUCUACGGGGCCCGGGGCGUGGCAGGAGCCAUACCCUCUGCGUACACACACCUGGCGCAGCAGUUCUACAGCAAGGUGUGUCAGCUGGGGCAGGAACACAGAGUGCAGCUUCACGAGUACUACAGAGAGAACUGGACCUUCCACGCCAAGGGGCUGUGGUACUACCUGAUUGGCUGUGACAAGCCCUGCCUCACUCUCAUUGGCUCACCCAACUUUGGCUACCGUUCUGUCCAUCGGGACCUUGAGGCCCAGAUCGCCAUAGUAACGGAGAACCCCAUACUCCAGACGCAGCUACAGCAGGAGCAGGAGAGGCUGUAUCAGAGGUCCACUGAGGUCUGCAGCGCCACCUUCAGGCAGCCCGACAGAUACGUCAGGCUCUGGGUCCAGCUCCUCACCCCGCUCAUCAAGAACUUCUUCUGAACAGAACCUGCAGAACGGGCUACAGGUCCAGGCAGAGGCUUCCCCAACAGCUGGCCCUACAGCCCCGCCCCCAGAGGGGUUUCCACGGUGACAACCUCUCAACACUCGUUCCGGGUCUCCGCUAGCAACCCGCUGCCAUGCGACAUCGCCAACAUCAUCUCAAGCCCCCCCCCCACUAACUGUCCUGGCGGGACACCUGCGUCACACCUGUGUGACACCUGUGUGACACCUGCGUCACACCUGCGUCACACCUGCGUGGUGCCUCUCUUCCUGUCUUCCUUUGUCUAAGCAGUGAACAUUUUUACAGUUUCGGAAGGAAAGCCCAGUCGCUGUGUGAAGGUCCCUGAGGGAUUUUGGUGUUUAUACUCGUUUUUAUAUGAUAAGGAAUGACAUCCAUUUAUGUUAAAUAACAUGUACAUAAAUUCACCUGUUGUGGCUGUGGUUCGACUGCGUUCCCCGGUUGUGGCUGUGGUUAGACUGCAUUCUGCAAUUUGGUCUUCAGAGCUGCGAACAGCAGUGAUCACCGUGGUGACAACCUGUUCUGCCCCGGUGUGAUGUCACAACAGGAAGAUACCAUGUCGGGAUACAAAGGGGUGACUCAUUCCAAUCCCUUACUUUUUUCUUACUCCUUUUCAUGGCCCUAGCUCCACCCAUCGAAAGAAAAAGUAAAAAGUAAUGAAGAUGAAGAACGUUAAUCAGGCAAAUGGAAUGUUCUUGCUCCUUCAAACAUCCACAGGUCGAUGAUUUAUGUCAGACUUUAGGUUGAAAAUACUUACGCAAAAGGAUGUGCUCGUGUUUCCUCACAAGAAAGGUGGCGGGCUUCGUUCAGUUUCCUGGUCAUGAGCAAAGGGAGGAAGUUAAGGAAAAUAAGCGUUUGGAAUGAGCGCCAUAUGUACCAAGAACACACCAAGAACUAAAACUAUAAACGUGCACUACAGCGAUGUGAGCGUCCACACUGAUGAACGAUAACGUUCUGUCAAUAGGCUCAUGGCAAUGUCGUCUGCCAUUUUGAACGCCCCGUGAGUUGGGAUGGACUGUGGUUAGCCGGAUGGAUGGACUGUGGUACAGGGCAGUUAUUAUAAAAAACAAAUGUACAUGUUGUCAUUCACAGAAACUCUAACGUGUACAGUGUGUAUAAUGUUUGUAUAUUAACAGAACAGAAUGUGUAUUGAAGUAGGUUUUUUCAAAUAAAAUGGUUUUCCAAUGGAGUCUGAAGCAGGGUGAUAAUGUACGAUUUUCCCAUUCCACGGUGGCCAACCAUGAAUAAAGCAAAGAUAGGCCUGCAUGCAGCAAAGAUGCACAAACUAUAAUACAAACUGUAAUUUUUGUCUCUUAUCAAUGAUUCUUCAUCCUCCUGACACCUACACUAACCCUAAUCCUGACCAUUUCUCAAUGUCAAUGUCAAUGUCUCAAUGUCAAAGAGCGUCUGCCAAAUUCCAAUAAUGUAAUGUAAUGUCUCCAAACACAUUGUCUUUGAUUUGCCUAUCCACUUAAGAGUUAUGAUGCAUUGUGUGUUCAGAGAUGCUCUUCUGCAUAUCACUGUUGUAAUGCAUGGUUAUUUGCAUUACUGUCACCUUCCUGUCAACGUUCACCAGUCUGGUCCUUCUCCUCUGACCUCUCUCAUUAACAAGGAGUUUCUGCCCGCAGAACUGUUGCUCACUGGAUGUUUUUUGUUUUUCGCACCAUUCUCUGCAAACUCUAGAGACUAGUGUGCGUGAGUGCGUGCGUGCGUGUGUGCGUGCGUGCGUGCGUGUGUGUGCAUGAAAAUCACAGGAGAUCAGCAGGUUUGAGAUACUCAGCUCUGGGACGUGGUAGAACGGGAGAUUCACUGCAUGAAUGUGCAGCUGACAAAUCUGCAGAAACUGUGUGAUGCAAUCAUGUCAACAUGGAACUGAGUCUUAAAGGAAUGUUUUCAACACCUUGUGGAAUCCAUGACAUGAAAUAUUGAGGCUGUUUUGAGGGCAAAGGGAGACCCUACCCAGUAUUACAGGGCAGCCUGUAGCGUAGUGGUUAAGGUAAAGGACUGGGAGACGCAAGGUCAGUGGUUCUAAUCCUGGUGUAGCCACAAUAAGAUCCACACAGCUGUUGGGCCCUUGAGCAAGGCCCCUAACCCUGCAUUGCUCCAGGGGAGGAUUGUCUCCUGCUUAGUCUAAUCAACUGUACGUCACUCUGGAUAAGAGCAUCUGCCAAAUGCCAUUAAUGUAAUGUAAUGUAAUGUAAUAUUAGUAUACUGUUCCUAAUAAAGUACAAAAAACUAAAGUUUACUAAAUAAAUUUUUCAUCAUAAUCAUUUUUUCAAUUCAUUAUGAAUGUCUGCGAACAUUUAAAAAAAUAUUUUUACAUUG